CUUACUACAAUGUGUUUUCUAGAAUUAAUAAAUAUAAAUAUAUAUAUAGAUAUAUUUGUAGUUCAAUUCAACUUCCUAGUCGAACACCGUUGCCAUAUGAACGAUGCCCCGCCCCAUGGAAGGCGUUGACCAAUGACGUGCGUUUGUUAUAAAACACUACUUUUGCACGUGUCAGGAGGAUCGUGCAGUGUUUUUAGGCGCGUUUGUGUCUCAGAAGUGAAAAUAUCUUCAGUGAUCAUGUCCGAAAAGAAAAGGAACCUGAAGCGCAAAGGAGAGCCGGUGAAAGGUCUGGAGAAGCUUUCAGCAGCCCGUGGAGCGGACAGAGGAAGAGGAGGAGAAGGAGGGAUGAAGGAGAUCCGUAGAAACUCAGCUGAGUUUAAGUUCAACAUGAAGCGUCUCAGGUUCCUGUCUGACGCCCAGAGAGUGAGACAGGGCUGUGGGGCAGUGAUGUACUGGAUGGUCCGGGAUCAGAGAGUGCAGGAUAACUGGGCGCUGGUUUACGCUCAGCAGCUCGCUCUGGAGGAGAAAUUGCCUCUACACGUGUGUUUCUGCCUCGUGCCACGGUAUUUAGAGUCGACUUAUCGCCAGUACGCCUUCAUGCUCAGGGGACUACAGGAAGUGGCCAAGGAGUGCACAAGCCUGGACAUUCAGUUUCACCUCCUUAGCGGCGAGCCCGAGCUGAUGCUGCCCGGUUUUGUGAAGCGCUGGGACGUCGGCGGCGUGGUGACUGAUUUUAACCCUCUCAGACUUCCACUGCAGUGGACUGAACGAGUGAAAAAGGAGCUUCCAUCAGACGUCCCCUUUAUUCAGGUCGACGCCCAUAACGUGGUGCCGUGCUGGGAGGCGUCGAAUAAACUGGAGUACGCAGCGAGAACCAUCCGAGGGAAAAUCACCAAACUCCUCCCAGAGUUCCUCACCGAAUUUCCUCCGGUGAACCCGCACCCUCACCCGUCCACCAGAAAGGCAAAGAAGGUAGAUUGGCAGGAAGUGAUGUCAUCGCUGGAGGUAGACCGCAGCGUCGGGGAGGUUUCGUGGGCGGCGCCGGGAACGACAGGAGGAACCGCCAUGCUCGAGUCUUUUAUAGACAAGCGGCUGCGUCUGUUUGGAGGACAGAGGAACAACCCGAAUGCUGACGCCCUUAGCCAGCUCUCACCGUGGAUCCACUCAGGUCAGAUAUCAGCCCAGCGUGUGCUGUUGGAGGUGCAGCGUUGUGGGAAACACUUGGCCGAGUCAGUGGCAUCAUUCAAAGAGGAGCUGCUAGUGCGCAGAGAGCUGUGUGAUAACUUCUGCUUCUACAACGACAACUACGACAACAUCAACGGUGCAUAUGAUUGGGCGAAGAAGACGCUGAAGGAUCACGCUAAAGACCCUCGGCCUUACCUGUACAGUCGAGAGCAACUGGAAAACGCAGACACGCACGACCAGCUGUGGAACGCUGCACAGAGGCAGCUCGUGUUAGAGGGGAAGAUGCACGGCUUCAUGCGCAUGUACUGGGCUAAGAAGAUUCUGGAGUGGACGGCUUCACCCGAGGAGGCGGUGAACAUCUCCAUCUAUCUGAACGAUCGCUUCUCGCUGGACGGCUGCGACCCGAACGGAUACGUGGGCUGCAUGUGGUCCAUCUGUGGGAUUCAUGAUCAGGGCUGGGCCGAGCGACCCGUGUUCGGGAAAGUGCGCUACAUGAACUACGCAGGCUGCAAGCGCAAGUUUGACGUGGGCCAAUUUGAGAGGAGGUACGCCGAGAAGAAGGCCUGAGAUACACACACACACACACACACACACACACACACAUACAAGGUCUUUAUCCUCCACGUGUGUGUUCCAGUUGUUUGAUAGUUUGCCUGUAUGCUGAACUCAUUCUCUGUCAUUUAGAACUUUAUGUUGCUGUAACUCUCAGCUUUCUGCUAAAAUUAUUCACGUUUUUAUUUUUCUUAAACAUCAGGAAAACUAAUCCAGUUAAUUCCUCUAGAAAUAUAAAAAAGCGAGAUGUUUGUGACGGUGUACGUCGCUGUAGCUGGAGCAGUCAUUUAACACACAGAUGUUAUUGUUUUAUAGCCAGUAAACUUUAACAAAAUGUAAAAUCUGACUCACAUAAAAAAUAUUUUUUGUAUCUAAAUGACUUUGUACUUUUUUAAUAAAUUUUCACUUUCUGUUUGUGGUGUAUGUGUGAUUUUCAAGGUGUUUUUAUUAAGACAGCCUCACUGAAUCACUCAUUCCCUCACUGAAUCACUCAUUCCCUCACUGAAUCACUCAUUCCCUCACUGAAUCACUCAUUCCCUCACUGAAUCACUCAUUCACCCACUGAAUCACUCAUUCCCUCACUGAAUCACUCAUUCCCUCACUGAAUCACUCAUUCCCUCACUGAAUCACUCAUUCCCUCACUGAAUCACUCAUUCACCCACUGAAUCACUCAUUCCCUCACUGAAUCACUCAUUCACCCACUGAAUCACUCAUUCCCUCACUGAAUCACUCAUUCCCUCACUGAAUCACUCAUUCACCCACUGAAUCACUCAUUCACCCACUGAAUCACUCAUUCCCUCACUGAAUCACUCAUUCCCCCACUGAAUCACUCAUUCCCCCACUGAAUCACUCAUUCCCUCACUGAAUCAAUCAUUCCCUCACUGAAUCACUCAUUCCCUCACUGAAUCACUCAUUCCCUCACUGAAUCACUCAUUCCCCCACUGAAUCACUCAUUCCCUCACUGAAUCACGCAUUCCCUCACUGAAUCACUCAUUCCCUCACUGAAUCACUCAUUCCCUCACUGAAUCACUCAUUCCCCCACUGAAUCACUCAUUCCCUCACUGAAUCACUCAUUCCCUCACUGAAUCAAUCAUUCACCCACUGAAUCACUCAUUCCCUCACUGAAUCACUCAUUCCCUCACUGAAUCACUCAUUCCCCCACUGAAUCACUCAUUCCCUCACUGAAUCACUCAUUCCCUCACUGAAUCACUCAUUCACCCACUGAAUCACUCAUUCCCUCACUGAAUCACUCAUUCCCUCACUGAAUCACUCAUUCCCUCACUGAAUCAAUCAUUCCCUCACUGAAUCAAUCAUUCCCUCACUGAAUCACUCAUUCCCACACUGAAUCACUCAUUCCCACACUGAAUCACUCAUUCCCUCACUGAAUCACUCAUUCACUCACUGAAUCAAUCAUUCCCUCACUGAAUCAGUCAUUCCCUCACUGAAUCACUCAUUCCCUCACUGAAUCACUCAUUCUCUCACUGAAUCACUCAUCACUCCCUCACUCAUUUUUAAAUCUCAGCUUAAAACUAAUUUUUUUUUAGGGUAGCUUUAAAUUGACUAAUUGUAAUUUUACAUAGUGCUUAUUUUAUAGUCUAUUUUUGUUGCUUUAAUUUUAAUCUUUAUGUUAUGUGUGUAUUUUUGUUGAUUUAUUUGCUUUUGUCAAGCGCUUUGAGAUGUAUUUUUAAAGGUGCUAUAGAAAAUAAAGAUUAUUAUUAUUAUUAUUA